AUGAGGGUGCCAACUUUUGCAGUAGCGGUUUUCUGCACAUGCGGUGUUGCAAUCACUGCCAAAUCAGGCAGCUCGCUCGACCCUGUCCAAGCUAUUCUGCUCCCUGAUACUACGUCUGCAAAAAGUCCUUUGACGCAUCUUGGUGGUAACGGUCCAUGGCAUAUCGGCGAACCAAUCACUGGUAUCUCUUCAGAUAUUCCAGAAGGAUGCCAUGUCGACCAAGCUGCCUACGUCUCUCGUCAUGGGUCGCGGUACCCUGAUGCUGGUGCUCACAAUGGCUGGGUUGAUAUGGCCCGUCGAUUCAAAGAGUCCAAAUAUACCGCCACUGGGUCUCUCUCUUUCAUCCGCACAUGGGAUACCCCACUCAGCAACCCAAACAUCCAGAUCGCGCAACUCAGCAAGACAGGCUACAAAGAGUUGUUCGAUAUGGGAUACACCAUGAGAACCCGGUACCCAGAUCUCUAUAACGAGGGCGAAAACUUCGUUGUUUGGGCCAAUAACUACACACGAGUCCUUCAAACUGCGCAGCUUUUCCUCCAUGGUUUCUUGGGCACCAACUCUUCACUAGGCACGGUAGUGUCUGUUACGGGCAAAGGAAUGCCCGCGCAUCUAGGCGACACUCUUGCCCCGUCCGACAUGUGCCCAACGUUCGUUGAUGACAGUAGCAAGCAAACAGAUGCCUGGCGUGCACGAUGGCUACCCGCUUUUAUUGACCGUCUUUCUAAGUAUGUCAAUGGAGACCUUGACCUCGAGGACUCGCAGUGGAACGAUUUCCCCUAUAUUUGUGGAUUAGAGUCACAAAUCACCGGCCGACUCUCACCCUUCUGCGAAACCUUCACUCAGAAAGAACUGGAGCAGUACGAGUACCAGCAAGAUUUGCGAUACUACUACGGUGUCGGCCCUGGUGCCAAUGUUGCUUCGAAGAUGAUGGUACCCUUUCUUGAAUCUCUGGUCCAACGAUUUGUCGCUGGUCCAGAGGCGACGGGCACCGACUUUGACGGAAAGACAUUCAAGCUUCCAAAGCUCCUCAUGAGUUUCCUUAACGACGGUCAACUGAACGAGCUGGCUGCCGCUACUGGGGUUUUCGACAAGGAGAAGCCCCUACCCCUGGACCGCAUUCCCAAAGAUCGACUGUGGCGCAGCUCCAAUAUCUCUCCUAUGCGAGGCAGCAUUGCCUUCGAGCGCCUGAACUGUGGUGCGAAGAAGGGGCAGCCUUCGAAGCAGUUUGUCCGAAUCCUUAUCAACGACGUUGUAUUUCCUGUACCAUCUUGUAAGGAUGGUCCUGGCAAGUCGUGCUCACUUCCCAAGUACCACCAGUUUCUCAAGGAGAGACUCAGGAAGAAUGGAAACUUUGCAAAACUCUGCAACGCAACAGAUCCUGCUACACCCAGCAAGGUUCUCGGAGCAAGCUUCUUCACUAACCUGGCGCAGUCGCACUUGAAACCUGUUAAGCCUUAA